AUGAGAAUUUUUGGUUGUCGCGCGUAUGAGCUGUUACCUAAAGAAAAACGUUCCAAGUUUGAUCCUAAGUGUACGGAGAUGGUGUUUAUUGGAUAUGCUGUUAACGGUUAUCGACUGUGGAACCCCGUAAAUAAACAGAUCGUUGUGGCUAGAAAUGUAAAAUUUGAUGAAAGCAAUUUCCCAGCAAAAGUAAUGUCUCAAACUAAAGCAAAAAACGAUGGUGAUGAAGAAUCGAAAAAUAAGGAAGAUAUACUUGUUGUUAAAAGAUUUAAAGUGCCAGUUGCAGAAGGGGAAGAAGAAGCCGAUUCCAUUUUAGAAAUGGAACUCUUUGAAGGCUUCGAUGACGACAAUGUUGACCCCGACGAUGGUGACACGACAAUCACUGAAAACGGUCAUGCUGUUGAUAGAAGUGAUGCUGUUAAUGAAGACAGUCAUGCCGUUGGUGAGGGUGACGCUGGUGAUGCGUGCAACGAUGCAGAAAUUAAUGUAAAUGAUGAUGAUGAAGAAGAAGCAGUUGCGCUCCGGCAGCAAACAAAUUUGGCAGGUCAAAGGCAAAGUUGCCGUGAGCGCAGAGCCCCAGGCAAGUUAACAUAUAAUACUUAUUUUGAUCAGAUAAAUCUGUCCAAAGUAAUUCUUUCAGCUGAACCUGCUUGUUUUAAUGAAAUUUAG